CGAUGGUUUCUGCCUGUUUGUUUAAUGUUGGGUGUCAUUCGUUUUCUGUAUCAUCUCCAAUAUGUUCGUGCGUCUUCAAAGCCUCGUGAUGAUGGAUACGAUUAGAUACGUUUGUUUUCAACUUUUUCUAACGAUCAAAAUGUCUUUCCUCAGUUUUAAGCAUUUUUUCGAAGAAGCCUGCAGAACAGUGAAACCAAUUAAUGAUCCUGUCAAGCGCCAGGGUGAAUACGCCGUCAUCACAGGAGGAAACCGAGGCAUAGGUUUUUACACUCUUCAUGGUUUGCUGACUUCAGGCAUGAAAGUUAUUGCAGGCUGUAGAGAUGGAAAGAGCAAGCAACAAUUGUUUGAUCAACUUAAAGAAACUGGCAUGCCAACCGAUUCAGUGGAAUGGAUAAAUCUCGACUUAUCUUCCCUGGAUUCUGUCAGGAAUUUUGCAAAGAUUGUUCUCGACAAAAACAUUCCCAUCAGUUUACUCAUAAAUAACGCCGCCAUCAUGUUCACGCCAUAUGCCUUGACAAAAGACGGUUUUGAACAGCAGUUUGCUGUGAAUUACCUUGCACAUUUUCUCUUGACUCAUCUUUUGUUACCACGAUUAAUUGAAGCAGGCGAAAAGAACCAAAAACCUUCACGAAUCGUCAAUGUCUCGUCAGAUUCGUCUUUUCUUGGGUAUUUGGCGCUCGACGAUCUCCAAGCCAAAUCUUUUUACAACAAAUUCUGUGCCUAUGCUCAAUCUAAACUGGCACAAGUCCUGUUUACUGAAAUGCUUGAUACUCAGUUGAUUCAAAGUAAUCAUCCUGUAAAAACUUAUGCUCUUCAUCCUGGUGUUAUAAGAUCCAACUGGUAUAACGAUGCCUGGCAUUUAAGAAUCUCAAUCCUACUCGUCGGUUUUUUAUUUAAGACUGAACGUGAAGGGGCACUAGUCUUGUAUACCGCCCUAUCGUCUGAAUUAGAAAAUUCAAGUGGUGUUUUCCUGACAGACUGCAAAAUUACAAAACCUCCAUCAGCUCUAGUAUGUCCUACUAUGAGGGUGAAACUGUGGGAUGCAACAUGCCAUCUGCUCAAUAUCAAACAAUUCGGAAAAUAUUAGUUUAACUUUAAUAUAAUGCUUUUUUUGUUCAACAUUGUUUACGCAAACCUCUUUGAAAUACUUCAAGUAAAGAUAUCUAAA